AUGCACUCCUGUAUAUUACUCAUCUCAGCGUUCCUUUCGACAGCCUGGUGCUGCCCAAAGCAUGACAACUAUCAAUCACAUCCUCACCUUGGCCGACGACAAGUCAGAGUAGACAACGGCAGAGAACCUAAGGAUUGGAAUUACGAUCACUCCGCCGACUGGGCCACAAUCCGACCUGAAUAUGCCCUCUGCCAGUCAGGCACACAUCAAUCACCCAUAAAUCUUCCUGGAGCGGCGCCUUCUACUCUGCACAUUCCCGAUUUCAGCGGGUACAAGAACGAAGCCAUUCCGGGGAAUUUCUUCAACUGGCAAUUCGCACCUGCAUGGACGCCUCAUCACCCCGAGGGCCAAGUCGAGGGACUCCCGCACUUCAAAUUUGACGACCAGGAGGUGUUUAACAUCGGGUGGCACAUUCAUGCUCCGUCAGAGCAUCUUGUUGAUGGCCACCGGAGCCGGGCUGAGUUCCACUUCGUCCAUGUCAACGCGCACGACGAAGAAGCCGCAGUCAUUGGUAUCCGGAUCGGCGUCGCACCUCCUGGAUCUGGCCAUGAGUCUGCAUUCGUGAAACAACUUGGACCCAUGAUCCAUUUCAACGACACCUCGCAACUUGAAGGCCUGAACGUCAACAUGCGCAUGGCCAUCGAUGAGGUGGGUGGCCUUAGCGAAUUCUGGACCUACAAGGGCUCUCUCACCACCCCUCCCUGCUCAGAGGGUCUGCGGUGGUUCAUCCCCAAGCAGGAGCUCCUCGUCAGCGAACACCAGAUGGUCAUGAUCCUCGCCGCCUCGCGUUUCUCUCACCGGGUGCCCCAGGAGGUCUGGCUGCACGAUAUCAACCUAUAA